CCCAGAGCCGUCGCCCCCACGGACCCUCGCAACAGCCGGCGAUACCGACAUCGACACCGGCUCUUGCGGUGCUGGGCAGAGGGCAAGGGGAUUCGGUGGUCAGACCAGAGCAAAGCCCUACAUCUGCAAGGCCAAGGACCAACAGCAUUCCCGGAACCCACACCAGGGCUUUGCAGAGCGCCUCUGGUGUCUACGCUGACUCUUGAUCCCACCUGGAUCCAGAUAUAGAUGCGCCCUAUCACCAGAUCCCGCCCGGCUGUCGCCGGGGUUGAUUCUGAAGACAUAUUAUUCGGAACACAGGUCAAGUGUGGCUACCAGACGGCCAGCUCGGGCCUGCCUUCGACUGCCGGCGGGGCCCGCCAGCGAUGCCACAGCACAGCCGGCAGAAUCCAGUCACAGAGGCACCUCGUCCACCAUCCCGGUCCUGAUCUUGACUCGGGCAUCUGCCUUGGCCCAGGGCUGCUGCCGCGAGAAUCGACCGCCUGUGCGUCUGCAUACGAAGUAUCAGCAAAGGGCUUCGUCGGAGUCAUGCCAUCCCAGCCCACCGAAAGCUCGCCGCCAAAGCACAACCCAACCCGAGCCAGGCUCAACGGCCGGCUCUUGGUCAACCCCGGCGCAUCCGAGAGGGAGGGGCCCCACUGCUCCGGCGGCGAGAUUCCUCCGCCCGUGCUGCCAGAGACGAAGCCAAAGAAGUAUUCUUUGCAGAGCACAGGCCGCCGGUCCACCGUCUCGGCCCUGGUUCGGGCCGCCACAGAGAGCCCGUUUCUCACGCCAAUGCAGGGCACCGAUAUCUUUGCUUCGAGCCCGCCUGCUGCCGCUUCCACCACCACAAUCGCAGAGGGGCCCUCGACAUCGUCAACCAACCCACGGCGCCGCUCCAGCGGGCCCAGCGGCAGCACCCAGCCGGGCGGCAAUCGCAGUGCCUCGCCCAAGAGCAGUCCUCGCAAUGCCGCUUUGCCCUCGGCGCACUCGCUCUCCAAGACCAGCCAGCCGGGGUCCUGCAACUUGCUGCUCCAGUCCAGCUCCAUUUCUUUGGGCGUCUCGAGCCGUCCCCCGUCCUCGUCUUUCCUCGAGGCUUCGUGCUCCACCAGACUCAUCCGGCUCAGCAAACGCCCAAGCAAUACUCGCCAAGUGCUGCUCAAAAAAUCAAAGUCUGUUCUGGGUCUCUCGCGCAUCACCAACGGUGAUCUGGCCGGGGGCUCCAAGCCGGGGUCCAAGCGGGAUUCGGGCGUUUCCUUUGAUGUCAAGAAACCGUGGGCCAGUCUCGCCAACGUCCGGUCCCUUUCUUCAGAUCCCAUCGGCGGCCACUCUCACGAUACCAUUCUGACGCCCCUGAUGAUCUUUUCCAAGCCCAUUCCUCCCACGCCAAUAUCAAAGCGUGAAUCAGCAACUCUUGCGGAAACGACUGCGCGACCACGCCGCCAGGCUCGAGCGCGAACAGUCGGAGCAGGUCCAUGAAUCCCAGAAAACAUAUGAAAAGGCCAUGCGCGAAGUUGUUCAGCACGAACGUCUCCAGAAGCGGGCGCAAAUCGUAUUCCU